AUGUCUGUUGAGGAACGGGAGCAGGUCCCUGUGAAUAAAAACAAACGUUUUCGCAAAGAUAAACCGUGGGACUCGGAUGACAUUGAUCAUUGGAAAAUUGAAAGGUUUACUCAGGAAGACAAUCCACAUCAUUUUCUAGAAGAGAGUAGCUUCGCGACGCUUUUCCCCAAGUAUCGAGAGAAGUAUUUGCGUGAAGUGUGGGGACAUGUUACAACAGCCUUAGAGAAGCAUGGAGUUGCUUGCACGCUUGAUUUGGUCGAAGGAUCCAUGUCUGUGCGCACCACGCGCAAAACAUUUGACCCUUACAUCAUCUUGCGCGCGCGAGAUCUCAUCAAGCUCCUUAGUAGGAGUGUGCCUUUUACUCAAGCCGUCAAGAUUUUACAAGAUGACAUGGCAUGCGACGUUAUCAAGAUUGGCAACAUUGUGCGCAAUAAGGAGCGCUUUGUCAAGCGUCGGCAGCGAAUUAUUGGACCUAAUGGUAAUACGCUCAAAGCUAUUGAGCUACUAACUGGCUGCUAUGUCCUUGUCCAAGGAAAUACUGUGAGUGCAAUGGGGUCAUACAAAGGUCUUAAAGAAGUUCGUCGCAUUAUUCUUGACUGUAUGAAAAAUAUUCAUCCCAUCUACCAUAUAAAAGAGCUAAUGAUUAAGCGGGAGUUGGCCAAAGAUCCCAAGCUGGCUAACGAGUCAUGGGACCGCUUUUUGCCGAAGUUCAAGAAACAGAAUGUCAAGUCGAAGAAGCCUGCGGAACCACCGAAGAAAAAGAUUUACACUCCAUUCCCACCACCGCAGCAGCCAAGCAAGCUGGAUCUUCAACUCGAGAGUGGUGAGUACUUCCUCAAACCACACGAAAAGAAAAAGAGUGAAAUGGAUAAAAAGUUGCAAGCUCAAGCCGAGCAUGCGGUAAAGCGCGAAAAGGAACGUGAAAAACAAUUCAUGGCACCAGAAGAGCCUGUACCUGGAGAAGAGCCUAGAAUAAAGCGCAAGAAGGUCGAUGAAGAAGCGCCAGCUAAGACAGAGAAAGACGGUAAAAUUUCUUCUGACAAUAAACGCGACAAGAAGGAGAAAAAAUUGAAAAAGCGGAAACACGAAUGA